AUGUCAGCUUUAGGUAGAAAUCUUGGUAAUUUUGUUUUAACUUUUUCAAAGGCUAAAAGUUCAUUAAAAACCGUCAAUGGAUUAAGAACUGGUCUUUUAAGUUGUUGUGGUUCAACCGUUCAACCAUUAGCCAAAGAUUCACAUCACCAACAUAAAGCCCACUUAAAUGUUAAACCAAAUAUGAAUGGUAUUAGAACCGAAUUAUACAGCACUGAAACUAUUAAAGAAUUCGCAGUUAGACAAUAUAGCAGCAAAAUCCAAGCUACCCCAACCCCAAAAUCAUUAUUAGCUAAUAUUUGUGAAAAUGAAAUGACUGAAUUCCAAAACCUCUUCCCAGAAGGUUCAUCAGAAAUCGAAACUUACUUAAAAGAAUCAGGUUUUGAAUUAACCAAAGAACCAGAAUAUGCCGUCCUCACUAAAAAAUUCGCUGAUGGUACUGAAAUUUGCAUUCGUUUCGAUACUUUAGAAGAUUCACAAAAUUUCGAUGAAAAUUUAGAAGAUCAAGAAGAAAAUGAAGAAAAUGAAGAAGAAAAUGAAGAAGAAGAAGAAGAAGAGGAAGAAGAAGAAGAAGAACAAGAAGAAGAAGAAGAAAAUGAAGAAGAACAAGAAGAAGGUGAAGAAGAUGAAGAAGAUGCUGGUAACCCACACGAUCACCCAUUCGAAGUUCAAAUUACUCCAAAAGGUAACCCAGAAGGUAAACUUACCUUUGGUUGUUAUGCCGAACACGACGGUAGUUAUGUCGUCUCUGGUUUCUUCAAAGGUGGUUUCAAAGAUAUCACCAAUCCAGUAGAUAUCUCAGGUACUACUCCAGAAUUCCAAGAAAAUAUCUUAUUACUUUUACAACAAUAUGGUGUCGAUGAACGUUUAGCUUUCUUUGUUCACGACUAUGUUCACAACAAAAAAGUUACCGAUUACAUUGAAUCAUUCAAAGCCUUAAAAGAUUUUGUUAAAGAAAAUUAA